AUGUCUUUGUCGUCAACCCGAGAUAUCGAUUAAUUCAAACUUGAAAGUUUCGCAAGGUUCGACUUUUAGAUGGUCACGGGUAUGUUCUUCAGCUGGAGCUUCCAUUCCAAUUGAAAGAUCCAAUUUUCUAGAUCCCCAAAGUCGUCUCCUUUCUGGCUGCACGCCUGCUUGAACUUUGAAUUGGAUUUCUUGUUUUGGGUGAAUCAAAGGAAGCUAUACAUACUACAUGAGUUUCUGGCUGUUUUUACUGUGGUGAGGAAGAAAAAAAGAAGAUGUUUUAUUCUCAGUUUAUAUUAGCAAAAAAGGGUCCUCUUGGGACUAUAUGGAUUGCAGCACAUUUAGAGCGCAAGUUGCGGAAGAAUCAGGUUGCUGAUACUGAUAUUGGUGUUUCUGUGGAUUCGAUUCUUUUCCCAGAUAUGCCAAUUGCAUUGCGGUUGUCCAGCCACCUUCUUCUGGGUGUAGUGAGAAUAUAUUCAAAGAAGGUGAACUACCUUUUUGAUGACUGCAGUGAAGCUUUGCUCAAAAUAAAGCAAGCAUUUCGCUCUGCUGCUGUUGAUUUGCCACCUGAAGAAUCUACAGCACCCUAUCACUCAAUAACUCUGCCAGAGACUUUUGACCUUGAUGAUUUUGAACUGCCAGAUAGUGAUAUUCUUCUUGGUAACUAUGUUGAUCAUCAUAUCAGUGCACGAGAGCAGAUUACUCUCCAGGAUACAAUGGAGGGUGUUGUCUAUUCAACAUCACAGUUUGGAUUGGAUGAACGAUUUGGUGAUGGUGAUACUUCGGGGCUGGACCUUGAUGAGGAAUUGUUUAUGAACAAGGUUACAGGUCCCGUAGUUGAUGGAAAUACACUAACUUCAGAUGUGGAGGGUCAGCCAUCUAAUCAAGGAAUGAUUCAUGAUGUUAAAGAGGAUGAGGAUCAAGAUCUUUCUGACAACUUAGAACAAGUGGUUGCUGACAAUGAAAACGAGGUUGGACAAUCUGAUUUUGAUGACCAUGCUCAGGCCCCACCCACUCCUGGAUUACUCGAGGAGCCAAAUUUAUCAAACAUCCAAGAAGUUUCAGCUUGUGAGGAUCACAUGGAGGUUGAAGAUCAGAAUCUUCCAGAAAAGGCAGUUGAAGAUAACUCGUUGAAUGCAACCAGCAAGUGGCCUAAUGACGCGUCAACGCUAGAAAAUGAGUGUCAAGCAAGUGGCCAAGAAAUUAACAAGUUGGAAGAGUUUGAUGAUGGAAUUGGCAAGAAUAAUGAUUGGAACCACGGAUUGGAAGAAGCCAUACCUAUGCCUUCUCAUGAUAUGCCUGUUCUUGAAUCGUGCAACAUCAGUGACAAUCAUGCUGAGAAGUCUAGUUUAGUUGGUGCAGUAUCAAAUAUUGUAUUCAAUGAUUAUGACGAAGCUACAUGUAGGACUGAUGUCUCUGACAAUCCUGAAAAUCCUGACAAUGUUCAAAAGCCCUUCGGCGACAGCAACGUGGUGGAAUCAAAUGCUGAAGUUUUCCAACAACACACACAGAAUGAGGUGGAUGAAACACCACUGGAAGUUAUUGAGCCGUCUUUUCCACAAGAACCUGGAAUAUGUUUAGAGCCGCAAGUGGAAGCCUGCAUGGUGGAACCUCAUUCUCCUACAGCAGAUUCUAGCAAACUAGUUGCUUUGGGAAAUGUCAAUUUUGACGAUGCCAAUUUGGAUGGUUUAGAUAGGUCCAACAUUUCUGACUUUCCAGCACCAGAAAGAUUGCUUUCUGUUCCCGAAGAGCAAUCUGAUCCCCUAGCAAAUUUUACGGUUGAUUUUACACCGAAUAUUGAAAAUACAGAGAAUGGCAAUGGAGACGAUGUUGGGACAAAACAAAUUCUUGGUAAAAAACGCACUUUCACUGAGAGUACAGUGACCGUGCAGAGUCUAAGUUCAGUUGAAUCGUAUGAGCCGGUUCAAUCAAAAAGAACCAAGGGAUCCAUUCCCGAUGAUGAUGACUUGUUAUCUUCUAUUCUAGUUGGAAGAAACCCUUCAGCUUUGAAAUUGAAGGCCACACCAGCACCGUCUGAUUUAACAACGCAUAAGAAACGGCCUCGCAUUGUUGCCCGUACACCUGCUUCCAAGAAAAGGGUUCUUAUGGAUGAUAAUAUGGUUUUGCAUGGCGAUAUGAUACGACAACAGUUGAUGAGCACAGAAGAUAUACGUCGCCAGAGGAAGAAAGCUCCUUGCACCCGGCGGGAAAUUUGUAUGAUCCAGAAAGAUUUACUGGAAGAUGAUAUAUUUAUGGAACCCAUACUUACUGGUUUAUCAGCACAUUUUGUUUUGUUAUACAGUCAAACCUACGAUCUGAGUAAGAUCAAUAUCUACAAGAGUGGUGCAAAAAAUAUAGGUGAAGGUGACUCACUGAUAAGCAAUGACAGGAUUGAACAUCCUGUUGAAGGAGGAUCUGAGUUGAUAAAUGCUGCUCAAACUGAAUCAGAAGUUAUCAAUGCGAAAGUAGAAAUAUUCCAUGGUUCUCAUGCUGAAGAACAGAUGAACAACCCUAUAGGUGUUCCUGGACCCAAUUCUACAACUGCAGAAUUAGCUGAUCUCACAGAACUUGAAAUUCGAGAGACAAGUACUUUUGUUGUUGAUAUAGGUUCUGUUUCCAUAAGUACGGACCAGUUUCCUCCCGACGCCUUAGAUAAUACCGCUUCCUUGCAAGAGAAGGAAUUGGGACCUCUUUCUUUUGGGACUAAUGAGGAUGGAGAGAGCAAUAUGCUUGAAAAUGAAGAGAAGGCAAAGGACGAGAUCUUUCCAGAAGGAACACAUGUUGAUGGUUCAAUAGAAAAUUGUCCAGUUCAGGAUGGUGAACAUGGAUUGGAUUCUAAUCCAUGCUUACCAGAGAAUGUGGAAGUUUAUGACAAGGUUGAAAACGAGGUUUUUACUCUUGAAGAAGAGUUGAUUCAUAAUGUCUUGAACCCAAACCUUUUGGACUUUGACGAAGAACCAAAAGUAGACACUUUGUUAACUGUUGAUCAUGACAUGGACAUGACACAUGCACCCUUGAUAGAUUAUGAAUAUCACGAAUCUGAGCGAACUGAUCCUUCCAUGGCCACAGAGAUUACUCCUACUGAACAUCCUGCUAUGGAAGAUCAUGAUUUUAAUUACCAGGAUGGACAUGAUACAGAGUUUCUCAACGUAGAUGAUGAUGAUGCUUUUGAAAAUGAUGAUGAUUGUAUUCCAAAUGGGGAAGAAGCUGGUGAAAUGGAAAACAGUGGUUGGUCUUCUCGUACAAGAUCUGUUGCCAAGUAUCUCCAAACUUUAUUCGAUAAAGAAGAAAUUCAGGGGAGAAGAGUUCUUAGGAUGGAUAACCUCUUAAAUGGUAGAACUCGGAAGGAAGCAUCAAGGAUGUUUUUCGAGGCACUGGUUCUGAAAACGAAAGACUACAUUCAAGUAGAACAGGGAGUUUCCUUCAACAACAUUAACCUAAUGCCUAGAGGAAAGCUCAUGAAAUCGGACUUCUGAGAUUGUUCAAACCGGAUAGCAUAUAUAAGUACUUUUCAGUUAGAGGGAGAGGUUGUGUUAAUCUUCCUUUAUAUCUAUUGUUAACUAAGUAAGUUGUAAUUUUUAUUAGCUUGGGUUUAUUCUCUCUUAUGAUAAGUAGUAUUAUAGCCUGAGUUAACUAGUUAUAUAAGCCAAAUGGCACUUUGUAUCAAUAACUAGUAGAUUUGUAUAAGAGUACCUUCUAUUAACAUACAUGGAGUCAAAUAUUUGUACAUAAACUCUGUCAAAUGUAGUAAUAUAUGCUAAUCUUAUUUAUUUAU